UCUCACUUUUAGUAGUUUUUUUUUUUUUUCACUUAAUUAUAAUAACUAAACCAAAAGCUAGCUUGAAUACUUACUAAUUACUCGUAUAUAUAAUGGCUUCUUGUGGUGCUUUAAAGACAAUGUUUCUAUCAUCAAAUGUAACUCAAGAUGGUUACAAUUCUGCUUGUUUGCUUAAUCCAUCAAGCAAAAAUGUGACCAGGCAGUCAACCAACCGAAAGUUUACGAAAAUCGUAGCUGUUGCAAAGGACAAUGCAAAUAAUGAAACUACGAAUAUAGCACGGAUAAAUGGGAGCUUGGCAAGUACACUCAGGUACACUGGGGAAAAACCGAAUACUCCAAUCUUAGAUACCAUCAAUCAUCCUAUGCAUAUGAAGAAUCUUCAUGUAGAGGACCUUCAAAAGUUGGCUGAUGAGCUACGAGAAGAGAUUGUGUACACGGUAUCUGGGACCGGGGGUCACUUGAGUUCGAAUUUAGGAGUAGCAGAGCUAAGUGUUGCACUGCACCAUGUUUUCAACACACCAGAUGACAAGAUUAUAUGGGAUGUUGGCCACCAGUCAUAUCCACAUAAGAUUUUGACGGGAAGGAGGUCGAGAAUGGGGACUAUGCGACAAACAAGUGGACUCGCCGGGUUUCCAAAGAGAGAUGAGAGUGAACAUGAUGCUUUUGGUGCAGGCCACAGCUCUACUAGCAUUUCUGCUGGUUUAGGAAUGGCUGUUGGUAGAGACCUGCUGGGAAAGGAUAACCAUGUAAUUGCAGUGAUUGGAGACGGAGCCAUGACUGCAGGACAAGCAUAUGAGGCUAUGAACAAUGCCGGCUACUUGGAAUCCAAUCUUAUUAUAAUCUUGAAUGACAACCGCCAAGUGUCCCUACCCACCGCCACUCUUGAUGGCCCGGCCCCUCCAGUGGGAGCCCUCAGCCAAUCCCUCAUUAGGCUACAAACCAGCAGGAAGGUCCGCCAACUGCGAGAAGUUGCUAAGGAAGUGACAAAGAAAUUGGGAAAAACAACACAUGAAGUUGCAGCCAAAAUGGACACUUAUAUGAAGGGAAUGGUGGGAGGUCAAGGAGCUUCCAUGUUUGAAGAGCUCGGGCUCUACUAUGUUGGUCCGGUAGAUGGACACAACGUUGAAGACCUUGUUUAUGUUCUCAAUAAAAUUAAGUCCAUGCCUGAUGCAGGACCCGUUCUUGUCCACAUUGUUACCGAGAAAGGAAAAGGAUACCCUCCUGCAGAGAUUGCAGCCGAUAAGAUGCAUGGUGUUGUGAAAUUCAAUACUCAGUCUGGGAAACAAUUGAAAGCAAAAUCUAAGACCCUGUCUUAUACCCAAUACUUCGCGGACUCCUUGGUUGCUGAGGCAGAGAGAGAUGAUAAAAUAGUUGCUAUUCAUGCUGCUAUGGGAGGAGGAACUGGCCUUAACACUUUCCAAAAACAGUUUCCUAAGAGGUGUUUCGAUGUUGGUAUAGCCGAGCAGCAUGCUGUAACUUUUGCAGCCGGAUUAGCAACAGAAGGGCUCAAGCCAUUUUGUGCUAUUUAUUCAUCUUUCCUCCAAAGAGGUUAUGAUCAAGUUGUUCAUGAUGUUGAUCUUCAAAAGCUUCCGGUAAGAUUUGCCCUGGACAGGGCCGGUUUGGUAGGAGCAGAUGGUCCAACUCAUUGUGGCGCAUUUGAUACAACUUUCAUGGCUUGUUUACCAAACAUGGUCGUAAUGGCUCCUUCAGACGAGUCCGAGCUCAUGAACAUGGUUGCCACGGCUGCAGCCAUUGAUGAUCGUCCAAGCUGCUUUAGGUUCCCAAGAGGCAACGGCAUAGGUUCAUUCAUCCCAUCCGAUAACAAAGGAACCCCAAUUGAGGUCGGAAAAGGUAGAGUGCUUAAGGAGGGAAGUAGAGUGGCCUUAUUGGGGUAUGGAACCAUAGUACAAAGUUGUUUAGAAGCACACAAACUUCUUCAAGCUCACGGUAUCUCAGUGACAGUGGCCGAUGCACGAUUCUGCAAGCCAUUAGAUGGAGAUUUGAUAAAACAACUUGCAAAUAACCAUGAAGUCCUAAUCACACUGGAAGAAGGAUCUAUUGGAGGAUUCAGCUCUCAUGUUUCUCAUUUCUUGGCCUCAAAUGGAUUACUUGAUGGCAACCUCAAGUGGAGGGCAAUGACACUUCCGGACAGAUAUAUCGAACACGGGGCACAACCCAACCAAAUAGACGAGGCCGGGCUUAGCCCGAAGCAUAUUGCAGCAACUGUUCUAUCCCUGAUUGGCAAGAGCAGUGAUACAUUCCACAUUUUUAAUCUAUAGAUAUGAUCAGUAGUUUUUCUUUGAUAUGUAUUUUGUAAAGUGGGAGAUAAUUGUAAUUUGUCUGAUAAGACAAAUCUCAUUAUAUAUAACUUUAUUCAUUGUUUUCUUGAUACAAAUUAUUAGAAAACAAAUCUUAAGCUUUCAACAAAA